CCACACAAGAAAAUUGUUCUAUUGAGAUUUAACAAGCGCAGCUUGCCAUAGUACAGAGAGAGAGAGAGAGAGAGGAAUGGAGGAGAGAAAGAUAGUGGUGGUGGUGGAGGAUGUGGAGGCGGCGAGAACAGCGCUCCGAUGGGCUCUGCACAACCUCCUUCGCUACGGUGAUUUGGUUACGCUCCUUCACGUGUUCUCCUCCUCCUCAGGCAGCAACCGCCAACACCGCCACCGCAACCGCCUCAGGCUCCUCCGCCUGAAUGGCUUCCACUUAGCCCUCUCCUUCAAAGACAUCUGCACUAACCACUUCCCCUUCACGAAGAUGGAGAUCGUCGUCACCGAAGGCGACCGGGAUGGCCGGCGAUUGGCCGCCGUCGUCAGGGAGAUCGGAGCUUCGGCUCUCGUCGCCGGACUCCAUGACCAGAGCUUUCUCCACAAGUUGGCGAUAGCCCACACCAAUAUUGCCACUAAUUUUAAUUGUAAAGUUCUCGCCAUAAAGCAACCCCCACCAUUAAUGCAGAAGUCCACUGCGCUACCUCAACCUGGCUGUUCAACUAACAUGGACUUCUCGCAGAUCGAGAUCACAAGAUUGCCUGGUCCACAUGUCCCUCCACCAAAAAUUCCAUAUCGAAUUUUCCCAAGUCUUGCAAUUUUAUGGAGAUCAAGGAGAACAAAAAAGAGAGAAAGUUCUUGGGAGGAGGCUUAAUAUAUAUGGAGGUACAAAUUGGCAAGAUUAAGUCCAUUGGAAACACAAAACAUUUUUUACCCUAAAGCAAUGGCUUCAAAGUUGGGGUUUGUUUUUGGAUUAUAGUACAUAAUGUAUACAAAUAGCAAAUUUGACAUAGCGGCUUG